AUGACCCUCGAGUCCGACAUCCUCUCCUUGAGUUUCCUUCUGGUCACGUUGACCGCCUUGAGCUCGAGCGGUCCCGUCAGGCCUCCCGAGAGUCGUCCCCGGAGGCCUACGCUCGUUCGGGAUGCGCUGCUUGACGCGCAAGACUUUCUCAGCCACUUUCUGUCUACACUGAACCUCACGGGGCAGAGGGAACUGGAACAGAGGCCCCUAACCUCCCCAAAGAAGCCACCAGAGUAUAUGCAGGAACUCUUCGAGCGAUUUGCCAACGAUCGCGCGGCCGUGCCCUCGGCCAACAUUGUGCGCAGUUUCAAGAACGAAGAUUCUUCCCAGUCUGGAGUGACAGCCAGCGGUGUAAGGACACAUCCCUUGCUCUUCAACAUCUCCGUGCCCCACCAUGAGCACAUCACCAGAGCCGAGCUUCACCUUUUCACCCUCGUCCAGAGGGCCCAGAGACCCUUUGCCGGCCUAGAGUGCAAGGUGACCGUUUACAAAGUGCACAACGGUGUGGUUUGGACCAGGGAGGUUGGGAAAGAGGUGAGAAGGCGGGAUCAAGAGGAGGAGUCCAAGGACCUGGAGGAACUGGUGACCACGUACAUCCACGCCAAAGAUAACAGUUGGGUGUCCUUGGAUAUGACUCACACGGUUGCACUCUGGCGGAAGUACGGCCACGCGACGCACAAGCUGGAGGUCCAUGUCGCGAUCUCAGGGCCCGAGGAGGCGCAAACGCGGGACGAGGGCGAGGUCUUCGUGGACAUCGGGCGAAGUGUGGAGGGGAAGCACAACGCGAUGAUGAUCGUCUUCUCGGACGAUCCGAACGAUGGCGAUAACGCUCACGAGGGGGACCGUCCCGAGAACGACGAGCCGAGUCCGUUCCGGCCGUUUGGCGACCGCAACCGGGACGGGCCGAAGCUCAUCUACGAAACCCCCGCUCGGGCCCGCCGCGGUGUCAAGGGAGAACCCUGCAAGAGAACUCCGCUGUUUGUGGAUUUUAAAGAAAUCGGCUGGGAUACGUGGAUCAUCCAGCCGGUGGGCUACGAGGCCUACAUGUGCAACGGCGUGUGCGGCCCGUCCAUGACCUCCGAGGUCUCGCCCACCAAACACGCUAUCGUGCAGACGCUGCUGAGUGUUAAGAGUCCGGAGAGGGCAUCGCGUGCCUGCUGUGUACCCACUAAGCUGGAGCCCAUUUCGCUCCUUUAUUUCGAUAACGGGGUGAUCACCUUCAACCACAAAUAUGAGGGCAUGGUCGUGGCAGAGUGUGGCUGCAGAUAGUGACGCACGCACACGCGGGCACACGCUCAC